AUGCAACAUCCUGCCCACAAGCACUAUAAAUCAGAAGCUCCACGGUCACCUCGUGCUCCCCACCGACCCCUCACCCAUCGCUAUCUACUAUUCGCCCUCAUAUUCUGCCUUUCCGCAGUCUUCUAUAUGAAUUCCACCGUCGCCCGCACGCUUCUCUCGUCUGUACGAAACACUGCACCAAAGCGCUUCUUUGCCUCUCCAGUCGCCUUCUUCCAAAGACAACACCAACAACACCAGAUCCAACCAACUCUUCACCACCAAAAACAACAGACCGCCAGCAUGUCGUCCAACAGCCUCAUCAAGCUCAUCAAGGAGCGCCGCACCCACUACGCCCUCGGCAAGGACUUGCCCAUCGGCAAGGACAAGAUCCAGGAGAUCGUCAACGAGGCCAUUCAGCAUGUGCCCUCGUCCUUCAACAGCCAGUCCAACCGCGUCGCCGUCUUGUUUGGUGACGAGCACGACAAGUUCUGGAACCUGGUCUCCGAGACUCUGAAGGCCAUCGUGCCUGCUGAUAGUUGGGAUGAGACAGAGGCGAGGAACAGCGGCUUCAAGGCUGCCGCUGGUACUAUCCUCUUCUUCGAGGACCAGACCGUCGUCGAGAAGAUGCAGGCUCAGUUCGCCACCUACGCCGACAAGUUCCCCCUGUGGGCCACCCAGUCGGACGCCAUGCUCCAGUACGCCCUCUGGGUCGCCCUCGACUCGGAGAACGUCGGCUGCAACCUGCAGCACUACAACCCCCUCGUCGACGAGAAGGUUGCCUCCACCUGGGGCAUCCCCAAGGAGUGGAAGCUCAACGCCCAGCUCGUCUUUGGCAACAAGCUCGGUAGCGCCGGCGACAAGGACUUUGCUCCCAUCGAGUCCAAGGUCAAGGUCUUUGGUGCUUAA